UCCAAGAUGUGUUCCAAACUCACCCUGCUCCUGGGCCUGGUGGCUCUCAUUGCAGCUGCCUACGCUGUGGAUGAUCCCACUUCUCCAACCUCUCCAACUUCGCCAACAUCUCCGACUUCGCCCACUGAUCCUUCUUCACCCACUUCGCCUACUUCUCCCACUUCACCAACUUCUCCCACCUCACCAACUUCUCCUACUUCACCAACUUCGCCGACCUCACCAACUGCACCCACUUCGCCCACCGAUGCCGCUGCUGCUGCCACGACAACGACCGUUGCCCCCACCACAGUUGCCACGACCACCACGAGGAACCGUCGUCGCAGGAUUCGCAGGCGUUGGAUCCGUAGGCGCAGAAACAAUGGCAAUCGCUGGGGGCGCAGGAGGUUCAACCGUGGUCGUAGGAUCCGCGAGGUAAACUUUGGCGGUCGCAGAUUCCGCGAGGGAGGAUUCCGUGAAGGUGGAUUCCGUGAGCGCAGGAUCGAGCGCAUCUUCUAA